AUGGCUCCUGUCAUAGCAAGGAUUACCGAGAUGAAGAGCACGCACCGAAGACAUGAGGCUCGAUAUAAGUCCUCCGUGUGCUAUUCCAAUCGUUCACUUGCCCAAUACUUCCUCCCCACAACACAGAAACCGCAGACAGCACCGAAUCAUGACCGUGAGUCCCCUCCCACUAACACGAAGAUCGAACUAACGCACACUGCUGACACACCUGAGGACGAUGCGGGUCCACCGCCGAAGGCUGUGAAGAAAACCAAAAACGUCGGCGCAGCCAAGUCGGCGCGCGACAAGGCAGCUUCAAAGUCCAAGCCUCCUCCUGCCGCAGGUACACCCAAUGCCACCGACGCCGAAGCCUCUACCUCCAAUGCCCCGACACGCCCUCGUCCAGCUACACGAUCCGGCGAAACAGGGAAGACCCCGGAGGAACUGGCGGCCGAGAAGGAGAAAAAAGCGAAGGAGAGAGAAGCACAGAAGAAGGAGAGAGAGGAGAAACGUACCGUGAGGGAAGGAAAGAUCACUGAGAAGUUGGCCGCCGAGGUUGAGGAGAUGACAAGCAAGGCAGAAGACCAGAACGCCGAGCGCAUGAAGGUGGACGAGCUCCGGGAGCUCAUGGACUCAAUGAUCUUAGGGCAAGGACUGAUCACGCUCGGUGUAGGUAGACAUCUUGAGAGGGAUAAGAAUGGUGUGGUGACCGAGACAGGCCCGCGUGGCAACGGAAACUCUGGAACCCUCGCCCGACCUCUGCUGCCAAUCCCGGAGCAUCUAAUAAUCAUCGCGACCACCAAGGACGUCAUCAACACCGCAAAGCUUGCGAAGAAGGGGUCCAACAACUUCCCUGCGGUCGAGUUUAUCAAGGAUGUGGGCCUUGUCCUCGUCAUCCAAGGACACCAUCGUGAGGCGGCCAACAAGAAAAUACACAUCAUUCCUAUCAAGAACCUCGAGGAGGCCAACCGUGCGAUAGCCCAGGGGACGACGAAAGGGCAGAACUCACAGGCAAUGGAAGCAUAUCGGGGCCUCCGCAUCGUCAGUCUCGAUAUAUUGCAGACACAGGCAUCGUGGGGUGCUCUUUUUGUGGACAACGACGCUGUAGAGGCGCAUUACCUCAAACAGCAUCUCCAGAACACCUGGUCCGCCAACCACCCUGUGAUCCAGAAUGCGGACCGCGUUCAAGAUACCUUCGUUCUCGGCAUUAAAACUGUACGCGAGAAUACGGACGUCCAGGCUAGGUCGCAGCUCAAGGACCUUCUCAUACCGAAAGGGGGCAAACAGGAGAACUCGCAGAUGAAGGCGCUCUUUGAAGACAUUGCCCUCCUGCGGGCGUACGCCGAUCUGACGGAGUUCAAGGUCUUCGAUGACCCCAAAUUCCCAGCGUUUAAAGAAUUGUACGAACGCCGAAAGUUCGCCGAGUCGUUUACACGCCCCUUCGUUCAAUGGGGUACCCUUACAUUUCGCUAUAUGACUGGUGAUCCCGACCUCGUACCAUCUCUCCCCGUCUUGAAGGACAUUGACGCCCGGAACCCCGCUGCAAAGAUGUUUACCUACGAGGACUCUAAGGACUGGAAGUAUCUCCCUUCCAUGCUUGACUUCAGCUUCGGCGCUAUCUUGACCGAAGCGUACGAGAAGUUUCUUGCCCCCGACUUCAUUUCUUUUGGGACGUCAGUAGAGCUCAGUGUCGAAACGGACGGGGAGGAUAUGGAGUACGACUGGACAGAGGCGAUGACAGGGUACCAGGAUGAGGUUAUCAAGAAGGUCGAAGAUUGGGUGGCGAUGGCUGAACGCGAACCCGCACAGGAGAACCAGCCGCUUUCCGAUGAGGACAAGGAGAUCAACCGGCGUCUCGAAGGACUUGUCGGGCGUCUCGAGACCCUUUUCCAUCCCACCGCACGUAUUGGCAUGCGCCACAUUCGAUCCCUGAAGACGCCUGUUCCACUUUUCACACCCGACCUCCACAGCGAUAUUGGGCAUUCCAUGCACCAGCAAGAAGCAGACGGACACAUGCUUCUGCAGCUCCUGGAUCCUCUCCAGGUUGCCUACAGCGGUCACCACGGUGGAAUACCCCGUUUUGCUACUCGCCUAGACGAACACGCGCGCUUUGCGUAUUUUAAUUCAAACGGAAACAAGGGCCUAACACACCCGCGACAGCUCACCUCGGAUGUUCGGGACGACCUUCUCCUCCAGGCUGAAUAUGCGUGGGCGUUCGUCUUCGGAGGCCGGAAGACCAUUCUGCCCGCAAUAUGCAGUGUUGCGAAGCAGUUCAUUAGCGGCGUCCGACCCAAGACAUUGCUUGCGUGCACCUCCUUCCUCGCCAAUCCAAAGAACAAGUACGCUGCUACAGCCGUCCCUGUCAUGAACACGAAUCCGAUCGAAUCUUUUGCGUGGUGCAUUGCAAGCCGUCUGCGCGGGUGGGUCAAGGGACAGGAAACACGAGAGGUUCAUGCGAUGAAGACGCACAAGUACAAGAAAGGGAACGCGUUUUUCGAUGCACGCAACCCAAAGCACCUCCUCACUUCCUUCUACCCUCCAUGCCGUGAAUCGCUCACUAAAUCGCCCGAACAAGAGAAGACGCUUAGCUCGACACAGAGAACGCUCUACAAGCAGAUCUUCGAAGUCCUCCAGCACAGCUCGAUUAAUUGGGGCUACAUGCUCCCCAACAGCAUUAACAACAGCCUUUAUCCGCUCGCCCGCUUUGGCUUACAGGCCGUCGACAAUAUCCCCCACAUGCAGUUCAUUCUCGGCGAAGAUCUCAUCUUCGACGCUUUCAAGACGUUCAGUUUCUUCUUUUAUCCUGAUGACAGCACCCCUGAAACUCGCGCAUGGAUGUUCAUCGACGGAAAGGAACGCAAGUCCAAUGUGCACCAGAUUUUCGACAAGUCGAAAUCGAUCCUCGUUCAAGACACGAUGCUCGCAGAGGGGAGAAAGAUAGACAUGCAGGCAGCGAAGACCAUCAUAGCGGUCUCAACAGCGACUCUUGCCCACAUCGGUGUGCCCUGUAUUCGCCCAGGAUCUGAAGGCGCCGAUGACGAGGUGCUGUUGCUGGCCCAGGACAUGGAAACCGCAUACACAAAUUUCGUGAAUGAGCUCGUGAAGGCCACUCUUCGCCGCCGCCACAAGUUCGAUGGCAAGUUCAGGGCUACUGAUGUCAUCCGCCCAGACGUCGUCAGUCGCUAUCUCGCUGACACUCUCCAAAUCGAAAUGGCGUCCUCGAUCGCGUCCGCAGUGGAAGUCGACAAUCACAACACAGCCGCCACCACAAGAGAGGGAUUAAAGCUCAUAGAAAAUGCCCAACCGACUCUAGCGAAACUCAGUCGAGCCGCAACAAGGAAGCUCAAGCAAGAGGUGACUCAGGCGGCCCGCAAGAAGUCUUCCACCCGUGCAUCCACACGCGCGAACUCUGAGGCCGAAACGUUGGCCAUACGCGCACAUUCUCCUGAGGCCAACGGCGGAGAACCUGAUUUCGAGCACGAAGACGCCAUGCAGGUGGACAUGCCAGAGGGAGACGGCGAUGAAGAGGAUGAUGGCGACGAUGGCGACCAUAGACACCAUGGAGACCCCAAUGCAGAGGCCAACAGCAUAACAAUGGCCCGCGAAUCCGAUCAAGACAUCGCGGACGAUCAGUAUAACGCGGAUGAGGUUCCCGGAGAGGACGAUCCUGUGGGCGAUGACAAUUCUGACGGCCACUCGACUCCGUCUACGCCCGUUAAAGGGAAGAACAAACGUCCCCAUCGUGAUUCCCCAGGCAGCGAGCCCGCUGGAGAGCCAUCUGGGCUGCCCGACGACACUCAUCGCGCAUCUUCGAAGAAGCCCUCAAGUCCCCCUCCUAAGAAAGCCCGUGUGGGAGACAUGACCAUGGCGGGUAAGGUCAUCAUUCCGUCUUCUAGUGAGACUGACGAAGUUGGCCCGCAGAAGAAGCCUUCGCGUUUUAGCCCUCCCCCCGUGUUGCCCAUGAAAGCCCGGAUCGCGUAG